GCCGACUUCCGCUGGCUGAUAGAUGCGUCGGAGCUGACGGUGUCUGAGGAGAGGAGACAGCGAACGAUUGAGGACAAUCCAGGAGCGGCGGCAACAGCAAGAGGUUACUGAUUUUCACAUUUUUUGGACAAAACUACUUGAAUCAUGGUGGAGUAUUAUGACAUCUUGGGAGUUCACAGGAAUGCCUCACAAGAGGAUAUCAAAAAAGCAUACCGCAAGUUGGCUCUGAAGUGGCACCCGGAUAAAAAUCCAGACAACAAGGAGGAAGCAGAGCGGCGGUUUAAAGAAGUCGCUGAAGCCUAUGAAAUCCUGUCGGAUUCUAAAAAGAGAGAUAUUUACGAUAAAUAUGGAAAAGAAGGAUUAACUGGUGGUGGUGGUGGAGGGGGUGGAAGCCACUAUGAUCAUCCAUUUGAGUUUGGAUUCACAUUCCGAAGCCCCGACGAUGUCUUCAGGGAAUUUUUUGGAGGCAGAGAUCCAUUUUCAUUUGAUUUAUUUGCAGAAGAUCCAUUUGAUGACUUCUUCGGUAACAGAAGAGGGCACAGAGGUAGCAGGAAUAGACCUGGAGGCUCUUUUUUCUCUACAUUCGGGGGAUUCCCUAGCUUUGGUGGUGGCGGCUUCUCUCCAUUUGAUACAGGUUUUACUUCUUCGUUUGGUUCUUUCGGGCAUGGUGGUUUCACUUCAUUUUCAUCGUCGUCAUUUGGCGGAUCCGGGAUGGGGAACUUCAAGUCUGUAUCGACCUCAACUAAAAUAAUUAACGGCAAGAAAGUCACUACGAAGAGAAUUGUGGAGAACGGGCAAGAACGAGUUGAAAUUGAAGAAGACGGUCAGUUAAAAUCCUUGACAGUAAAUGGUGUAGCAGACGAUAUGGCUCUGGCCGAAGAAUGCCGACGCCGCGGACAGAACGCUUUGCCCUUCCAGCCAUCAGCGAGCAGAAGCGCUCGAGCUCAGAAGCCCGCCGUCCUUCCCAGGCACAGCCAUAACUACAAAAGCGAUGAGGAGGAGGAACACGAUAGGCUGCGGAGUACGGGCAACUGGGAGACCCCUCUUUAUUCAUCAGGACACAAAGAAGCAAGCAAGAGAAAGAAGCAGAAACAGAGAGAAGAACAGAAGAAAAAGAAAUCGUCCAAACCAAUCCACUAACUCCGGAAACGGCGUUCUAAACACCCACCACAAGAGGGCACCGUGCUCCGCAUCUGCAGAUCUUUAACACAGUUUAUUUUGUUUUUUGUGUAUAUAGAUUUUUUUUGAAAGCUUGUCACUUGGGUAGAUUAAUAAUAAUAAUAAUAAUGAUAAAGAUGAUAACAAUAUAAGCUUCCCCACCUAUCCGCUGGUUGACAGAAGACAACCUUGGACAGGUGAGACAUGGAUGUCCUCCAGAGUUGGGACGCGGCCCCAUAGAGUGCUAUAUAGAUCCACAUGCUGGUGUUAUUUGCUAGGAAAUCUGCUUCUGCUCCUCGGAAGCUAGCUUUACGUUGUGAUUUCUCUAGAAUCCGACUUUUCAUUACGUGAAACGGUCUGCCUGUCCGCGGGGGAUCUGGAAAAUUGGCCAACUUUAGCAUACAUAGUUCUGUUGCCCUUUCCCUUGGGUUUAAACCUGUUACACUGUAUCUUUUGUAGAUCAUUUUCAAGCUGGUGAAUUUAGCAUGGUACUUUUUUUUUUUUUUUUUUGCACUGAAAUAAAACUAGCCCUGGUUUAAAUGAAGAA